UACACUUUCCCCGUUAAUCUUUUAUUUAUACCAAAGUGGCCGACGCCACUACAAUUUUGGGGAUUUCUUUUUUAAAAAAAUUCGUUGCUUUAGGUUCUACGUAUGUAUCAGUAAUAUAAAAUAUCAGUUCCCCGGAACCAUCGGAUACUUUGUCCCCAGUUUUUAAUUUGCAGGACAGGGCUUACAGCCUACAGAAUGGAUUAUCUCAGAUGUCUUUUGGCUGUAUCGCUGGUUCAGAUUGUAACAUCAUCCGGGUUGUUUGAGCUGAAAAUCCAUUCAUUCACCACAACACGACGUUAUUGUAGACGGUCAAGGGAAUGUAAUAUCUUUUUCCGAAUUUGCUUGAAACAUGCCGAGGAUGUUAUAUCUGCUGAACCACCGUGUACGUUUGGAACAGGACAAACAAAUAUUCUACAUGCUGAUCAGAGCUCAAUCGCGAACAGUGUGCCCAUACGAGUACCUUUCCAUUUCAAGUGGCCGGGAACAUUUUCUCUCAUAAUUGAAGCAUGGAACGCCGAAUCUACUACAGACCACACAGAAAAUCAGAAUAAUCUUAUCAGCCGUUUAGCCACAAGAAGGAGAUUAGCAAUCGGCGAGAGUUGGUCUCAAGAUAUUCACUAUGGAGAGCAGAGUGAGAUGCGAUAUUCCUACCACGUUUCCUGUGAUGAAAACUACCACGGCGAAGAUUGCUCUGAUUAUUGCAGACCUCGUGAUGAUACUUUAGGCCAUUAUACGUGUGAUGAAAACGGAUCCAGGGACUGUUUGGAAGGAUGGAAAGGCCAGUACUGCUCUGAGCCCAUCUGCUCCUCGGACUGCAGCGAGGCCCACGGCUACUGUGAGUCCCCUGGGGAGUGCAAGUGCCGCUUGGGGUGGCAGGGGCCCCACUGCACUGAGUGCGUCCGCUACCCAGGCUGCCUCCAUGGAACCUGCUCCCAGCCCUGGCAGUGCAUCUGCAAGGAAGGCUGGGGAGGCCUGUUCUGCAACCAGGACCUCAACUACUGCACAAACCACAAGCCGUGCGCCAACGGGGCCAGCUGCACCAACACCGGCCAGGGCAGUUACACGUGCACGUGCCGGCCAGGGUUUGGUGGCACCGACUGUGAACUCGAGAUCAACGAGUGUGACUGCAACCCAUGCAAGAAUGGAGGCAGCUGUAACGAUCUGGAGAAUGACUACUCGUGCACCUGCCCCCAGGGCUUCUAUGGUAAAAACUGUGAGAUCAUUGCCAUGACCUGCGCCGAUGACCCUUGCUUUAAUGGUGGCACCUGUAUAGAAAAGCUGACAGGAGGCUAUAAUUGCCAGUGCCUCCCAGGCUACACCGGCUCUAACUGUGAGAAGAGACUUGAUCGUUGCAGCCACAAGCCUUGUUCUAAUGGGGGUGACUGUGUGGAUUUGGGCCAGAGUGUCCUCUGCCGGUGCCGUCCAGGCUUCACUGGACCUGACUGUAACAUCAAUGUGGAUGACUGUGCCCAAGCUCCCUGCCAAAAUGCUGGCACAUGCGUCGAUGGUGUCAAUGAUUAUGUAUGUAGAUGCACACUGGGUUACUCUGGCAAGAACUGCAGCGUCCGUGCUGAUGCUUGCCUGGUGCAUCAGUGCCAGAAUGGAGGCACAUGUUACACUCAUUUUAGUGGCCCUGUCUGCCAGUGUCCCCCUGGUUUCAUGGGUCCAAGCUGCGAGUUCCCUGUGCGACCAAGCUUUGAGAGGGCCUACUGGCGAAGUCCCUCAUCCUCUGGACUCUCCCCAGCUGCCCUGGCCACUUCAGUCAUCCUGGGCAUGAUGGCCUUUGGCCUUGCUGUCUGCGCUGUGAUUUUGCACCGACGGAAGAGGGUGAAGCAGAUAAAGAGGCAGCAGCUUUGCGACUCAGUCUUCAACGAUCUGGAGCCAGAAAACGUCAGCAACUUUGGCUCAAGCUACCCAGAUGAGAGGGGUGACUACCUUAGUCACAUUGGAGGCAGGAACAGCCAUGGGAAGAUCAGCAACAAUGAUGGCCGGCUCAGCCUCUCCUUGUGCCCUGGCAUGACAGACAGAGGAGGCCCUGAAUUCAUAUGGAGCAGUUCAGCUGUUGGAAUGGGACUAAGAUGAGAAUUCUAGAAUUCUUAGCAUGCAUCCAUACAGACACAAACACACAAAGGACAAACAAGGCAUACUUUAUACACAUGCUUGCUUACAGAUCAGGACUGCAUUAUGACUAGCAUGCAGACACGACACCAAGUUGACAAACAUUAGAAUACAUAUUUUUCUGAACUUCACCAACCAGGUGUAGCUUGAUCUGACACUUAUCUGGGCUUUGUCUCCAUAGCACUACUCUGAUUCCAAUCAAGUAAGGCUUGGACUUGCCCAAACAUCUAUAAUGAUCACCAGCCAAUUUCUGUAUGAAACUGGCAUUAUUUAAGAUGUUUAAUUGCCUUGGACAUUUUUCACAAUUUCGAAGUAUAAAAGUUGUGAAGUUGAUGAUCUUACGUGACCUACCUUUUUGUCUUAGUAAAUGAAUGAAUAAUGUAAACACAAAUAUUUUCAUCAUACUAAAACUAAAAGUAUUUGUUUUAUUUUUAAGAGAGC